AUGCGGUCUCCACCGGCAGAUAUCGGACACAAGGCCUACUGCAUCUUCUUCCUCCAGGGCGUUGGACAGUUGUUCCCAUGGAACGUUUUCAUCAAUGCGGAGGACUACUUUCGCAGACGUCUCUGCGGCUCCUCGUUCGAGAAUAACUUCGAGAAUUUCUUUUCCGUCGGAUAUAACCUCGCUGCCAUCUUGGGUCUGCUGCUCGCUCUAAGGUAUCAAGAGCAGUGGGACCUUACGGGCCGCAUCAUGGGAUCCCUGGCGGUAUCUUUGGGAACGUUUGUUGCGUGCGGCAUCUUCGUGUUGGCGGAAGGAGUCAACGGCACGCUCCUGUUUUUCUGUACGAUGGGCCUCAUCGUAGUGUCUGGCCUGUGUACUGCCGUCUUGCAGGGCGGUAUUUUCGCGAUGGCGAGCGCUUUCCCGCCGCGGUACACCCAGGCAAUGAUGGCUGGUCAAGGUCUGGCAGGUCUUGCAGUUGCUCUGGCUGGACUGUUCACCACAUUGGCCGGCCCUGACGAUGAGUCGUGCAUUGUAGACCUUUAUGACACAAUCGCUACUGUCCGUGACGGCGGUGAUACCGGCGGCAGUGCUGACGUUUUGACAGAGGGCCACCUGGCGCGACAGGCGACAUAUCAAAGAGCAUCGGAUGUGGACCCAUUGUUGGGGUCUUCCUGUGCAGCAUACGCGAGGGACUGGAGCACCUUUGUUUACUUCGGCAUCGCCGUUAUGGUGCUCUUGGGGUGUAUAUUGACCUACCCCCUGCUAAGGCGUCUACCAUUUGCGUCUUUUUACAUCAACACGGCCGUCGGCCUCGGCGACGGUUGCGACGAAGGCGGCGUUUCUGUGGGGCGUGUCCGCGAAGGGAACCCGGACGGGGGAGGUGCCGACGACGACGGGUGGCUUGGCGUAGGGCGUUCAGCCGUAACUUCUACGACCACCAGCCCGACCGGAUCUUCCAUGUAUAGACGCCUGGUCGACAAACCGUUGUCGGACUGCACCAUGCAUGAUGCCGAGGGAGAAAGAGACGGAGCGCAGAAGAGAGAAUCUGCAACAAUCGUAAAUGGUGGCAGCUAUGUUGGGAGCGAUACUCCAGUGGACGGGCUCCGGUCCAGGCUGGCGCCAAUCUCGUCGUACGCGUUCGCAGUGUUUCUGGUCUUCACGGUGACGUUGUCUAUUUUCCCGGGUGCCACGUCGGAUAUAGUGUCCUCCCAGCGGUGCCAAUCAGGACGGUCGCGCUUCUUCGCGGGGGACGUCUUCGUCAUGUUCUCGUUCGUUUCUUUCAAUGCAUUCGACCUGCUGGGUAGGUUAGUGGCCGGCCUCGCGGUUGCCUUGCCGUACGCCUGGCUGCCGACCGCCUCUGUCUCGCGGCUUAUGUUCGUUCCGCUCAUGCUGGCUUGUAGAUCGGAGCACUCUCGGUUUCGCGACUGGCUCUCGGCUGACGUGUUCCCGUUGACCCUCAUGCCCGUCUUCGCCUUCACGAACGGGUACGUGGGGAGCCUGAGUAUGAUGGCCGGUUCACAACUAGGGGCGUGGGCGGGAACGGCCAUGGUGCUGUUUCUCAGCGGAGGGCUGUUGGCUGGGUCCCUGUUGUCUUUCUUGGUGUUGUUUGCAAGCACAGAGUAAUCACGAGUACAAACGGC